CAGCGCUGCCACCUCAGUCUCCUCUCAGCUGCCGCGCGGAGCGUACGUAUCGCACCACGUUACAUUCUAAAAUAUCAAAAUCUCAGUGAUGUGACAUAUGAACGCGAAAUGUGUUUGUGAUAGUGAUUUAUUAUUUGAAACUGAUAACAGUUUCAGUUUGGCUAAUGUGAUAUAAGAUAUUUUUACACACAAUUUUAAAUAGUACUUAAAGUGAUACGGUAACUGUGAUAGACGUUAAAUUUAGUAUGCACUAAAACCUAGUGAUAAUAUCAGUGAAAUGUCCUCUUACUAAAAUGGAGAGGAAAUUGACACGAGAAGAUUUUAUGAGGAAAAGUUUCCGUGCACCGAGGGUGUCGCCCGCCCCGGAAGGUCAGGAGCCGACUGUAAACGGAGCGCCGCCACCUUCGCCGGUGUCCUUAGCCAUGUUGGAACGAACGCCGACGACACAGCGAACCCAGUACGAGGUGACCUCCUCCGGGAUAGCUCCUAAACGACUUGAAAUCAACAGAGCCCAUCCCAUUCAUCUAAAAUCAUUCCAAGCCCCUGAACCACCCGAUGAUGCAGCACCAAUGCCACCAUCGGACGAUGUUCUCCGCAAACUGGAAAGGCAAAUCGGAGAAAUGGAGAGGGGGCUCGAAAGAGCACAAAAUGGCACCGUUGCGGUUGAUGAAAGGGUCAGAUAUGCUGAACAUGAAAACCUCUUACGUACUGGCGUAUCCUCAGUCGGUGGUGGAGGUUAUCUCCCAGCUGAUUCCGACACAGAACACGACGUAGUACCAUUCAAUAGAAAUGAAAGUACUCGAAGCAGUACUGGCGGAGCCACUCCGGUGCCUAGGCCAGCCACUCGGCUAGCCAGAACGAACUCCGAUACUCAGCAGUCAGUCGCAGCUACGGCUAGGCUGAUGAGGAAACUGGCUGACGGUGGCAGCAAAGACGAAAAGACGAAGGUUAUAUCUCGAAAGGCCAUACAGGCCAGAAUGGAGCGCGUCAAGAACUCCGUCACAGGGAAGCAAGAGCAUAGGGUUUUGGCUGAACAUAGGGUGGACCCACCUUCUCCGAGAACCCCCACAUCUCCAAUCACACCAAGAUCUUCUCAGAGUGCGUCGGAGUCGUCAGCGGGCGCGGGUGGCGGGGGCACGUCGGGUGGCAGCGCCCGGGUCUCGUCGCGCUCGCGGGCCUCCGAGGAACCACACAUUGGAAAGUACAAGCUUCUAAAGACAAUCGGCAAGGGCAACUUCGCUAAGGUGAAGCUAGCGAAGCAUGUCCCCACCGGCAAGGAGGUCGCCAUCAAGAUCAUAGACAAGACACAACUCAACCCUGGCUCGCUGCAGAAGCUUUUCAGAGAGGUCCGAAUAAUGAAGAUGCUGGACCAUCCGAACAUCGUGAAGCUGUUCCAGGUGAUAGAGACUGAAAAGACGCUGUACCUCGUCAUGGAGUACGCGUCAGGCGGCGAGGUGUUCGAUUACCUGGUCCUACACGGCCGUAUGAAGGAGAAGGAGGCUCGCGCCAAGUUCCGACAAAUCGUAUCCGCUGUACAGUAUUGCCAUCAGAAGAGGAUCAUACACAGGGAUCUCAAGGCGGAGAAUCUCCUGUUGGACGGCGAGAUGAACAUAAAGAUAGCUGACUUCGGUUUCUCCAACGAGUUCACGCCGGGCGCUAAGCUCGAUACCUUCUGCGGCAGUCCGCCGUACGCCGCUCCUGAACUCUUCCAAGGCAAAAAAUACGACGGUCCCGAGGUAGACGUGUGGUCGCUGGGAGUGAUCCUGUACACGCUGGUGUCGGGCUCGCUGCCCUUCGACGGCUCCACGCUCCGGGAGCUGCGCGAACGAGUGCUGCGCGGGAAGUACAGAAUACCGUUCUACAUGUCGACGGACUGCGAGAACCUGCUGAAGAAGUUCCUGGUGCUGAACCCCUGCAAGCGAGCCUCGCUCGAGAGCAUCAUGCGCGACAAGUGGAUGAACACCGGCUACGAGGACGACGAGCUGCGGCCCUACGUCGAGCCGCAGCAGGACUUCAAGGACCACAAUCGGAUAGAGGCGCUAGUAUGCGUGGGCUACAACCGGCAAGAGAUCGAGUAUUCGCUAGCCGAAGCAAAGUAUGACGAUGUCUUCGCGACAUACCUCCUCCUCGGUAGGAAAAGCACGGACGUGAGUACAAAGCCGGAGUCGGACGGCAGCCGGUCAGGCUCGUCGCUGUCGCUGCGCACGGCCGCGGCCGGCAAUCAGCCGCCCGCCGCCGCACAGACCAACGCUCACUCAGGGCCGGGCGCGGGCGGGUCGCCGGGGCACCGCGGCGUGCAGCGCUCCAUCUCCGCCUCCGCGCGCCCCGCCGCCUCGCGCCGCGCCUCCUCCGGCGCUGACGUGCUGAGGACGCAAGUAGGCACGACCACGACGGCUGCGAAUAACACUACAUCUACGGCUACCACAACGACGUCUAACUUCAAAAGACAGAACACAAUUGACUCUGCGUCGAUCAAAGAGAAUACGGCGCGGAUCGCCCAAAUGCAGGUACGCAAGGUGCAAAGCAGUACGCGGCCGAGCAGCGCGGCGCCGAAGCUGGAGCCGCGCUCGCGCACGCUGACGGGCGGCGCGCGCCGCACGCAGACCUACGACGCGCCGCCCGCGCAGCCCACCACGCCGCACGACGCGCCCAGUGCGCCGGUCGCCGAGACCAAAAACGGCAGCUCGGGCGCCAGCAACGGGUCGGGGGGGAGCGCGGCCGCGGCGCCGGGGGCGAAGGGCCACGUCAAGAGCGCCUCCAUCUCCUCCGCCAGCGGCGCUCCGCCCCCGCCCGAGGCGCAGCCCCACAACGCGUCCGCGCGCGACCUCGCGCAGCCCCGCCCGAGCCUGAACUCGCAAGUGUCGACCGGCGGAGGAGCGACAGGCGCGCGGAGGGAGUUCCCUAAUCCCCUCGUGUUCCCCCGGAAUGUACCUUCAAGGUCCACCUUCCAUUCAGGCCAGACGCGGUCGCGCGGGUCUAGCGGCGGCGCGUACGGCGACGGCGGCUCGCCCCACCAGGCGCGGCCAUCUUUCUUCUCCAAGCUGUCCUCGCGCUUCUCCAAACGGUUGAAUCAGAACCCUUGAACCGUUGGCGGCUGCGGACGUCAGGAAGAUUAUAAUUAAUUAAAAUAUUAUUAAUAAAUUAUAGGGAAUUGUAUACAGUACGGACGCUCCGUCGGUUGAUAAAUAUAUUUUGUUAGUCCACGGAGUUUAUAACAAAAAUGUUCAGUGUAUUAAAAUUUAACGGCUAAACUAUAGUCUUUAUUAUAAUUAUAAUAUUUUGAUACAAGAAAUGUAUCUACUAUGACAUAUUAUAUUUUUAGUUUUUUUCUUAUCAAGCACGAUAUUUUUUUUAUUAUUUGAAAAGUGUAGUUGUAUUAUCAAAGUAAGACUGUGACACUGUUAAACCAAGUUUUUAAUACACUGAAUACUAUAACAAGAUGUUGUUCAUAAGUGUUAAUCAUUUUUUUUUAUAAUUGGCGUAACUUUGAAGAUCCAUUUUUAGUUAACAUACAAUUAAAAAUUCGAUUUGUAAUCAUUAUUGUCAUUAUAAAAAAUCGCGACGACUUCUGACUACAUGUUAUUUUUUAGAAAUUAAUGUUCCUUUAAAAAUAAUAGUAAGUUCUUUCUUGUACGAGUUUUAGUAAGAAAUCAGGUAGUACAGUCGAGUACGAAUGAUGCUAGACAAUUUUUCAUGUUUUAUUAUUUUCUUAAAAUAAUAUGUAGCGGAAUACUAGUCCCGUCGCGAGUUGCAUUUUAUCACUAGCUCAUAAGAAGUAUAGAGUUCUAUUUUCGAGCGAAUUUUCAACAUUCCAGGGUUCCGUAUAUAUUUUAUUGUUUAAGUUCACAAAAAAGCACAAAUCUUGUUUUUUGUUUUAAAAUAAUUUAACUUUUUUUAUCUAAAUUCUGAACUCUGCCUAAAACGAUAAAUAUGUCAUCGACUGAAACAAUAUUUUGUAUAUUUGUAUUGCAUAUUUUACUGUGUAAGUAAACAUUUUCUGUAGAAAAAUCUCAUUGUUGGGUUUUUGAUGUGGACCAUGUUGUAAAAUGUACCUCUAGAUAAAUUUCUCAAAUGUAAAAUAUUAGAAGACAUUUUAUUCCAAUUUAAAAGAGAUAUAGCUUUUUUGUUUUCUUUGCUAAAUUAUGUUUUUUGUUCUAUCAAGUACCUAAUACUCUGUACCUAUUUUGUUGAAAUUCUACCUAUAAACAAACUCCAAUGGUCCACAACACGAUUAUGAUUAUAUUUAAGGCGCGAGUGAGAUAAUUAUCAACAUAUUAUAUUAUUAUACAUGCAUGAAAAUAGUAUUUUUUUAGUAAUUAAGAUUCAGGCGAACCUAUGGCUUUGGUACAAAUACUCAGUAGACGUUACCACAUAAACGGACUAACACGUUUAGGCAGCUGUAUUUUAUUAAAAAAUAAAACAAAUUAAUUAAGAGCCAAAAAAUAAGAUAUUUUUGUCCUCAACUGUACCCUAUAGUGUUAGGGAAUGUGUCUACGUAGUAUUAUAAAAAUAUUUUUUACACAAGGUGUUCUGAAAUUCUCAUUUUUGGUUCAAGCUGAUUGUAUAAGUAAAAAAAUAUUUGACAAAACUAAAUGCAUCGUAUCUGCACUAUCACGAUCGACAAAGACAAUGAAUAUAAAUAUAUUUCCAAUUAUGGAAUUGACUGUUAGAAAAUAAUCAUUAUCUCGAAAAAUCUUUAAUGAUAUCUUCUCAAUUAAAUCCACUUAAUAAUGACACCUUGUUUAACAAAUCAAUAUUUUGAUACUGCACUUUCUAUAUGUCCAAUCGUAAAGAUAUCGAUGUUUCUAGAAUGAAUAGAGUAAAUGUUGAACAUUUCGUCAUAUACUUCCCAAACUUGACUCAUUAAUGCGUUACGUCGAAACUAGGAUGUUUAAUAAAAUUGUACAUAUAACUUGUGAGUGCGAGUGUUUUCUAAACUUUUCUAUUGUUCGUGAAAAGUCCAUUAUAUCAUAAAUAUAAGCGUAUUUAAUAUAUCUAAAAUGUAUGUAUUCCAAGUUUUUUUUUUUAAUAUUUCAAUCAUUAUAUUGUGGGGUACUUGAGUAUUUUAACGUUUUACACUGUAUAUUAGCGUUCAUACAGUUGUGAAGCGUUAUAGGGAAAUUUAGUUAUUGCGUUCUACGGUGUAAUAAGUUUAUUUAUUUAUAUUUAUUUCUUGCUUUAAGGGUCUCAUGCAAAUAUUCCCCUUUGAAAAAAUUGUGCUAUAGUUUAUCCAGAGGCCCCUUUUAUCUCCUUUCUUCUUUCUUAAUAAUAUUAUAUUUAUGUAUUUUCCAAAGCAAAAUACUUUCAGUCCUUCCCUUUCGAAAUGAAGAGGUAUAACAAAGUGAUUCUUUUAAAUAGUUAAAAAUAUAUAAAAUUAUUAUUUUUCUUCUUAUAUGUGGUCUAUCCAGUAUUUUCCUUUGAACAUUAGAUAGAGUACUGAACAAAUUUUAUGUCAAAACUUAGGUGCUGUUGUAAGGAAUACGCGUUAGAAAAUGCGUGUAUUUUAUUAUUUGUGUUAUUAGUAAAAAUAUAUGGGAAUAUGACGUCUACGGUCUAAUGUAAUACUCAAAAAUACUGUCAUUCUAUAUUUCGGUGCAAAACAUAUAAGUUACACUCACUGGACGUUACUGACAAAAAUGCUUAUUAUGACCAGAAUUUAUCAAAAAUGUGCCGUCUCCGAAAAUAAUAUCUUUGAGUAGGACAUACAAUUAUUUUGACAUUUAAUAUUAAUACUUAUAAAAAAAAUAUUGGGAAUGUACAGAUUAUAAUAUAUCAAACAAUCUAUAAUUUUUACGCACAUAAAUAGUGCAUUUUUUUUUCUGCGAGCAUUUUUCUUUAAUCUAUAAGCAAUAUGUUUAUAACUAUUACACGAUUUAGGAACAAUGCAAUACAUUCUAACUUAGUUCGCUAAGCGUAGUUAGAUAUAUUUAAUUUUAAUACUUUACAGCCGAGAUUUUUUUUUUCUAUUUUUCAUCCUUUUUGCGUUUAUUUUUUGGGUCGCCAUGUCUCUGAAGUGUGUUACAAGUUUAAAUACACUGGGAAAACUGCACGACAAAUGAUAAUUAUUAUUAGAAAAUGUAUCUUUUAUAUUUUAUUUCAGAGCAACUCUUUGACAGUUAAAUUCAUUAUUUACUGUAGAGUAGCUCUCCCCAUAGGGGUAACUAGUGAAUUAUAUAUUAAUGUUUAUAUCAACCGUCCAUAUUUUGUUUUCGCUCCAUUUUCCCAGUACAUUUAAAUUCUAAGGAAUUAAUUUUAAUUGGGAUUAUAAUACAGUCUUCUAAAUCAUGGGCAUUGUUUAAGAUGCAUUUAACUAAUGUGAUCUUAUACUUUUUGACGUUCGGUAAAAUUCAAAAAUAUUUUCUAGUAAAAAGGACAAUGGGCACAAAUAUAUGGGACCUGGUAUACCCCACCAAUAGGAAUGUCAUAUAUAUCAUUGGAUAGGCCUUUUUAUGUAGAACAAUAUUUACUAUGACAGCUUUGCUGAAAUGUUUGUCCGUUCUGAGAUAUAGAUCAAAAACUGUGCAAAAGUUAGAACUAAGUAAUCUAUUGAUACCUCAAGUUUUUAAAGGAAAAUCUAAGUACUAAUAACUUUAAGUCUUGUAAGUACUACUGUGCCCGUUAGGAUCCAUAAUUGUUACUAUUAUGUAGCAUUUCAACCUUUUAUUGUACCAACUGGAUGUUGGGCGUAGUGAGAAACCGCACCAAUAGGAAAGUCAUACAUAUCAUUGGAUAGGUCUUUUUAACUGGAACAACAUUUACUAUGACAGCUUUGUUCUAUUGUUUGUCCGUUCUGAGAUAUAGAUAACAAACAAUCUUAAAACUGAUGCUAAUCAAUACUGUAAUCUGAUUUUCUUUCAUACAAGACUUACACUUAGUAGUUCUUAGAUUUUCCUUUAAAAACUUGAGUUAUCAAUAGAUUACUUAGUUCUAACUUUUGCACAGUUUUUGAUCUAUAUCUCAGAACGGACAAACAUUUCAGCAAAGCUGUCAUAGUAAAUGUUGUUCUACAUAAAAAGGCCUAUCCAAUGAUAUAUAUGACAUUGCUAUUGGUGGGGUAUACCAAUCUGCCCAUUGUCCUUUAGUUAACAAAAUUAAAAUGUGAAAUGUUUUUGAAUGUUACGGACUUCAAAACUUUGCUAAAUAAUUGAAUUAAGUUGACGUAUGUGUAUUGAAGUAUGAAUACCUAUUUUGUUUUGACAGUGCGCAAUAAAUGGAUGUGUUACGCUUCUCCAAAUAAUCAAGUUUUUAAUAACAAA